AUGUUUUUUAAUGGUCCGGUAGACACAACAUUAUACGAUAUUCUAAAAGUGAAACCCAAUGCUACCGACGACGAAAUCAAAAAGUCCUAUCGACAUUUGGCGAAGGAAUACCAUCCUGAUAAAAAUCCAUCCCAUGGUGAUAAAUUCAAGGAAAUAUCGUUUGCUUAUGAAGUGCUAAGUAAUCCAGAACGAAGAGGAGUUUAUAAUGCCAAAGGUCUCGAUGGUAUCAAAGAAGGUGAUAGUGGAGGUUUUUCCGGUGCCGAAGAUCUUUUUUCAACGCUGUUUGGUGGUGGUCCGCUUUCGUCAUUUUUUGGUGGUGGUGGUGGACGACGGAGAAAAAUGCGUGGUCAAGACAUGGCUCAUCCACUAAAAGUAUCUCUGGAAGAUCUCUAUAAUGGCAAGAAAUCGAAAUUACAGCUAUCAAAGCGAGUAAUUUGCAGCACUUGUUAUGGUCAUGGUGGUAAGGAAGGAGUAUUGUAUGACUGUCAAGAAUGUCGUGGAGUUGGUGUCAAAAAUAUUAUAAGAAAACUUGGUUCCGGUCUAAUCCAGCAAAUGCAAAUCCAGUGCCCAAAUUGCAACGGAACAGGAACGAAGAUACCGGAGAAAGAUCGAUGUAAAACAUGUCGAGGCGAGAAAACUGUUACUGAAAAAAAGAUGUUGGAAGUGGUAAUUCAAAGAGGAAUGCAUGAUGGACAAAAGAUCUGCUUUAGGGGUGAAGGAGAUCAAGAGCCGGGAGUUGAACCAGGUGAUGUAAUAAUUGUGGUGCAAUCUAAACCACACGAUAUUUUCCAAAGACAAGGCGAUAAUUUACUUAUUCACAAGAAAAUAUCAUUAAAUGAUGCAUUGUGUGGUUGCCAGUUUGUAAUCAAGCACUUGGAUGGUAGAAAACUGAUAGUAACUACUCGACCCAAUGAUAUUUUGGAACCAGAUUGUAUUCGUGGCAUUCGUAACGAAGGGAUGCCUAUAGCGGACAGUCCGGGUGCUGGGGGUAUUCUCUUCAUCAAAUUCAAAAUCGAAUUUCCGGAAGACAAUUUCUUGAAAGAUGAUUAUAAGUAUUUAGAAGCGCUCUUGGGCGGUCGCCCGCAAACAGGUCCGUUGCCGGAAGGUGAAAAUGUAGAAGAAGUUUCUCUGAUGUCUUACGAAGAGCGCCGCUAUGAAAAAAGAGGUCGUAGUGGUCCAGGUGAAGUGUAUCAGGAUGAUGCUGAUGAAGAAGACGAAGAAAUGAGUGGUGGCGGUGGCACACACAAUGUUCAGUGUGCCCAAUCAUAG